ACAUACUAGCGCUGGGGGUUUAAGGGCUGCUCGCUGAUAGGGUUUAUCAGUUUGAAGACGAAUCGCUUACUGCUCCUUCCGAGCAAUGGCUUUCUGGGGAGCGGAAGUGAAAGCCGGAAAGCCAUUCACCCAUAAACCUGAUGAUGCAAGAGGAAGACUUCACAUCUCACAGGCAACUUUAGGGAUUGGUACCGGGACGAAGAAGAGUGUGGUUCAGUGCAACGUAGGGAAAAGGAGCCCUGUUUUUCUUUGCUCUUUGUUUCCUCAGCAGUCGGAGUCAUGUCAACUAAAUUUGGAAUUCGAGGAGGCUGAUGAGGUUGUGUUCUCAGUUAUUGGCCCCAUAAGUGUUCAUCUCACUGGUUACUAUGUGGGUGGGAGUAGGCACUACAAACAGGAUGAGUCAGAAUCAUAUGGAGAAGAUAUUGCAGAUACAGAGACAGAACGAUCUACUGAUGGUAGUGGUGAGGAUGAGUACGAAGAUAGUUUUAUUGAUGAUGGUGAUCAAGAGGUGACCCCAUCUUCUCCUGUUUCUAAUGAUGGAGUGGCUGAGGAGAUAUUGCAUAUGAGGAAACCUAAGAAUGAGAAGGCCAAGCAUAGACGACUUAGGAAAAAGUACCAGCUGAGUCCGUCUGAUGAUGAGUACACUUCUCAGCAAUAUACUUUUGCCAAUGGUGCUACUUAUAUACCAGCAUUGGACAGUGAAACUGAUGACGUGUUGGCAAUUUCAUCCAUCUAUAAAUCUACUGAAAGGAAUAGAAGCCCAGAAGCGAAAGAAAAUGCUGAGAAAGUAAGAGGUCAGAAAAUUAAUGAGAUGAAAGAUGACGAUAAUUGUGCCCCAGUGGAAGAACAAAAAGCAAAUGCUGUUGUUGUAGAUAGCGAGUUCAGAAGGCAGCCUGAUCAACAUGAAUCUAACUUGCCUUCCGCUCAUGUGAGCUCCGCGAAUGAUGUGAAGCCAAAGAAGAAAAGGAAGAAGCAAUCCAAAGAGGAGAAACAACUUAAAACUAGAAAUAAAGAUGACUUUUUCUUUGGUGCAAUCCUUAAAUGGGAUAAAGACCAACAAAGUGAGACACAAGCUGACAAACUAAGUCAAGAUAUGGCUGUAGCAAAUGAAGAAGACCAGAGGACUUCAAAUGAGAAAGGAUAUGUCUUACCACCACCUUCCGUUGAAUUGGCUCAUGGAAUUGCUUCAGAAUCCAAGAAAAAGAAGAAAAAACAGGCGAAGGAGGAAAAAGGUCUUCAAGAUGGGAAUCCUCUCCAUGGCAAUGUGAAUAAAGAUGAUAAGGCUAAGGCUGAGAAUAGAGAGAAAUAUAUCCUGAUGAAAAAUGAAGAAAAUCAGAAGAAAGAAAAUGAUGAGAGAAUCUCAUUACCUUCCAUUGAAUUGGUUCAUGUAAAUGCUGCAAAGUCCAGAAAGAAAAAGAAACAACAGGCAAAGGAGGGGAAAGUUCUUGAAGCGGGGAAUCCUUUCUGUGGCAAUCUUAACAGAGAUGAGGCUAAUGGUGAAAACAUAGAGCAAGAUUUCUUGUUAAAAAAUGAAGAACAUCAGAAGAAAGAAAAUGAUGACAGGAAGGAUAUCUUGCCAGGGAAUUCCCAAUUUCCCUCCAAUCAGUUGGGCACUGAAAAUGGUUUAAAGCCAAAGAGAAAAAGAAAAGACAAGACCCUUGAAGCAAGUGGUAAGCAAACCAAUGUCAUCAAAGGGGAUCUACCCAUUCAAGAAGAGUUGAAGUCUAAUUGUAUCGAAUGCAAUGGAUCCCAGCAAGACGAGCAAAACCAGAGGGUUUUUGACAAUAAUGUUGACCAAUCUGCUAAUGAAAAUGACUCUCGGAAGAGAAAGAAGAAGAGAAAGAACGUAAUUCUGGAGAAUAGGGACGCAUUGAAUAUGGAAGAAGCAAAGGACAGAGCUAUUGUGGACACUAAUGGCAACAAUGGAAAUGAGAAGCCAUCUCAGCUUAGGUCCUACCAAAUUGAUUAGUUAUAGCGGAGGUGGAAAUGGGGAAAAUGGAUGGCAAAAUAGCUGCACCUGGUAAAAGGCAGAAAAUUCAGAUUUGUAUUGGAAAUUUGGGAAGGUAAUUGCGUGUUGUUGUUCAUUGAAGGGGUCACUUGCAGGGGAGAAAAAUGGGUUAAGUAGCAGAGCUGCUGAGGUAGCUUAUGAUAUAGAGCAUAUUAUGGGAGCCAAGGACCUUUUCUUUAGGAAAGAAAAUAGAUCGUGUGCUGAUCCAAUUGUUGUGUUUGUAAGCAUUGGCUUUCUCACAUUUGAGCUUGAAUCAACUAAACUUCUUUUAGUUUGCUAACGAUCAAAUUAUAAUGCUUAUUGUCUUGAUUUGAAAAGAUCAGGGUUUUGCAUCAGUAAAUUCAUUUGUCUCUAUAGAUUAUAGAAUCUUUAAAUAUGAUAAUCUUUUUAAUUUUUUGGUGCUUUGCAAAUUGUUGUGAUGGUGGCUGUCAGAGUUUGACACUGACCUCCUGCACUAUAAUGCGGGCAUUUGAUCCCUAUUGGAAGUGGAUAUUUUGUUUUAAUUUUUUUUUCGUAAUUCAUUAAAUAUUAUGGAUACUAGAGCAAUUCACCGAGUACUAUGGACAGUAGAUUUUAACAUAAUCAAUUAUUGUAAAUUAUGCAUUAGUUUAGUCAAAGGGAUUAUCUGGAGUCCUUGAUGAAAUUUUGACGUUUACAGUGAAGAUUUCAGGGUCAAAUACUAUUAUGAUAGCUAACGGUUGGACAAAAAGGGAAAAAUGUAUUAGUUUCUUUUGUUAGGAUUUGUGAACGAAUGUAGAAAUAGUUUGAUUUGAUUGGUUUUGAGAAGAAGACAAGGGGAGUCAAAAGGGUGCUGUGAGCAGUUCCCUAGAUAAUAGAUACUGCAG